AGUGGAGUUGUCAAGUGAUAGGUGCCAAUCUAUAGUCAGCUUAUUAAGCCAACAGGUCUCUCUGCUCAACCUUCACUCAAGGAAGAACACGCAGGCUGUUUGCGUCUCUUUAGCUAGAAGGCUUUUCAUUGUUUCUGCUGUUGUGACGUUAUGGGGCUCACUGAGCAGGAAUGGCAGAAGGUCAUGGACAUCUGGGCUAAAGUGGAACCAGAUCUCUCUUUGCAUGGACAGGAAGUUAUCAUCAGGAUGUUCCAGAACCAUCCUGAAACUCAAGAACGCUUUGUCAAGUUCAAAAAUUUCAAGACUCUGGAUGAGAUGAAGAACUCAGAAGAACUCAAGAAACACGGAACCACUGUCCUCAAUGCUUUAGGUAAAAUCCUGAAACAGAAAGGAUCCCAUGAAGCAGAAUUGGCACCACUGGCACAGACUCAUGCCAACAAGCAUAAAAUUCCGGUCAAGUAUCUAGAAUUUAUUUCUGAAGUCAUCAUUGGUGUCAUUGCUGAAAAACAUUCUGCAGAUUUUGGGGCUGAUUCUCAAGAGGCAAUGAGGAAAGCCUUGGAGCUGUUCCGGAAUGAUAUGGCCAGCAAAUACAAGGAGCUUGGGUUCCAGGGCUAGUAAGGAAAGAUGUUACCACUGAGAAUACUUAGUGUGCUUAGGUGUGUGGUCAGUUUAGGAAAAUAUUUUCAUCUCGUCACCAGAAUAGCUUGAAUAAGUUGAAUAAUGCUAAUGCUACGCUUGAGGGAGGCAAGGUAUGUUGUUCAAAAUCUCUCUACCUUCUGCUGUGGCCACACUGGCUGGUAAUUAUGGGAAUUAAAACCAAUACUUCUGGAGGGCAUCAAUUUGGGGAAGGGUGUCUUAGGGAAAGAGAGUGGUUUAAAGAGCCAGAAAGGUGUAGGUGGAGGGAGUGGAUAUAUAAUAAUUAUGCCAUUUUUUAGUUCAGUGGCAUGUCCCUCAAAAUCCUCACCUGCAGCCAGGUUCUGAUACCAGAAAAAUAGGAAGGGGAGCAGAACUGGGGAGCAGAUUCCAUACCCAUAUUCAUGGCUCAUUGAUUUAAAUCAGACCUCUCUUGGGGUGGAUAGCCAUCAGCUCCAGUGUUGCAUGCACCCCAGCAAAGGAUUGGAUGUGGCAUCCAUAUCCCCACCAAAGUUAGCUACUAAUUAUAAUUUUUUUAUAUGAAAGAAGGAAAAAAUAUUAAAUAUACAGGGACUAAUUGUUCUCUGUGUAAUUAAUUGAAUUAAAAUUGUAUUAAAUUUAGAGUUGCUCACUUUUGGGAGUAUGGUUCUGGUACUACUGAAAGAUCAAGUACAUUCUUUCAUCUAAAAACAAUUCUAUGCUCCUGCUGCAGCUUUAAAUAGGAUGGAAAGCUUGCCAACUUCAUGUGUAGCCUGGGUUAUCAACUGAGAUUCCUUUUGAUCUUCAGCACAAGUCCUCAUAAAUGUUGUCUUAAAUAAAUAUUAAUUAUGUAUAAUAAAAAUUUAGACAGCUGCAUGCACUCUUUACAUAUUGCCUAGUCCAUGAAUGGCUCCAUGAUGACAUAUUAGUAGUCAGAAACAGAUAAGAAAAAUGAAAAAGUUAUUCAGAAAGGUGAACGAAGAUGAGGUUGCUAGUUCCUGACUGGGAUAUAGCAUAACGUACUGUUCAAAUUAUUCUUGAAUAGCAAGUCAUAUCUGAUUAUUCCUGUGUCGACUUUACAAGGUAAUGAUUUUCCUCUCACCUGUACAAGCAAAGGUGGGUGAGGCAUGUGAGUGUUUCUAUUGGCUAUGGCCAAGGUAAAACUGCCAAUGAUUUCAUGAAAUCAAAAUCUAACAAACCCAUAAAUCAGUAAUUUUCAGAGUGUAGUUUAUGGAUGAAUGGUCCAUGGAGAUUCACCUGGUGAUCCACCACAACCUUCCCAUGUUCAUAGAGCAGAGCCAACUCAUUGCUUCAGUUUCACUUUUCCCGAACACCAAGGGAUAACUGGUGAGAACCCACUUCCCCCCUCAGCCCCUGACUCUCUGUGCCAACAGUCAGAUGGUUAAGGUGUUAGACUAGGAGCAGGAAGCCUCAGGGUCUAGUCCAUCCUGAGCCAUGGAAACUCUCUCAGCCUAUCUCACAGGGUUACUGUUGUGAGGAAAAUAGGAGGAGGGAGAACUAUAUAUAUUACCUUGAACACCCAUAGAAAAGGUGGUACUUAAUAAAUGUAAGUACUAAAAUUCAGAAACUGACAAGAAUGAACAGGUCCCAAGUCCAACUACUAAUUGCUUCUUGAAUAAGCAACCUCUGUCUCCAAAAUGCAAACAGGAAAUAUUAUGAUGAAUACCUAAAAAUGGAAUUGCAUUGAACUGAAUAUCCCCUUGUCCCUAAAACUCAUUACUAUUUUAUGUUUGGUGGAUACUAAAACUAAGAAAAUGUCCAACUACACCUCUUGGAGAAAGGAGUCAGGUACAAGUAGGUAUGUUCCACUCUGAUCCAUGCUUGGAUUAAUAUGUCAUGUGAAGGCCUCAGAAACCAGAGGAAGAAAAUGGUGUCUGCAUUGGAAUCUUUGACUAAACAACUCUUCCUAUUGCUUUGUGAUAGACUUGCCUGUUGGAUCAUAGUUAGAAAUGUGAAAGCUUAGCAAACAAAGAACAACCAACAACAAUGAAGGUUUUUUUUUAUAUACAUACAUAUAUAAAAGAGGUUUGUGGAUGUCCCCUUCACAAAAAUGGUUUUGUUUUUCAAAACAAAAUAGUUUUGUUUUCUCCAUUUUAUACCUCUAAGAAUGUCAUGUUUUAAUGGGCAUUAUUUAAUAAAAAUGGCUGUGGAAGGGCUAGAACCCAUGUAAUGUCAGUUGUCAUGCAUAUAUUUUAAUGAAAGCAAAAUAAUACAAAAUUAAUUAGAGUAGCUGAAGAUGAUGGGCCUUUGGUCCCAAUAGUAACUUGGGUGAGCUACCUUUUGAAAGAGGUCUCUAAGGCUUUCAGAUAUUUUGUAGUAAUUGCAAUUAUUUAAAAAAAAGUAUGAUGAACAUAGAUGGAAGCACAACUUAACAGUCUACCAGAUAGCUAUAGUUCAGUGAUCCCAUAUCAGAUUCUUUAGGGAAACAUCCAGAACUCUUAAGAUGCUCACAUUUCAUAUUCUCACUUCAGGAAAGACUUUGGAGGUUUCAUAGAUCUCCAAGAGCCUCAUAGGGCUGUUGUGAAGAAGAGUAUGGGGUGAAACAUCAACAUAAACUGCAGAAUGGUUCCAAAACUUCAAACUAUUGUUACAGGGGUUUUGGUAGUACACCUUUCAUCAUUUCUAAUUAUUCCAAAAUCCUUGGCAUUUCACACAGAAGGCCAUUCAUAUUAUUAAGAGUUCAUGUCUUACCCUUGAAGGUGUUGGAGGGGAGAUUCAGUAAUAGUCUAUAUUCUGAGAGCCUCUAUCCAUGUUUGGAUAAAGCCAUCAAGACAGUUUUGCAUAUCUUGUCCUGCUGACCCUUGUACCAUUCUUGAUACUGUGUUAAUAUUCACCUCCUUUUGAAUAUGGCCUGAAAUAGAGCUUGUCAGCUCUCCUAGUGGUUUGCUCUACUGAAAUUUCUAUGAAUGUUGUUGAAUUCUGCUCAAUUGUGACUGCUUUCAGAAAGUGCUAGGUUAAUUAUGCUUAGGCUUGGAAGGUUUGGUUACCUAUGUGAAGGCCUAGAAGGUCAAUAAUUGUUAAUGUUUGCCACCAUCUCCAUCUCCCCACCAUAUUAAUCCCCCCUUAAUAUAUAUUAUUAUAUCUGUGUUUUCUUUUGAUUGUUGACUACAAACUCAAUAAAAAACUUCAAGAAAUAAG